ACUUUCAAAACCCCCUCUGUCUCUCUCUCUUCUGGAAAAAAAACAGAACCAUCAAAAACCCUAGCUCGUGCGGCCAAAGGUCCAAUCUUUCUUUCCUUGCGCUCCGCCCCCACAAUCCCUUACCAUGCUCCCGCACUCCUACACCGUCGAUUCCCUCUCCAAAUCCCAAGACCUCGCCAGCACCAUCCUCUCCUCCUCCGCGCCGCACCAGAUCUCCUCCGCCUGCGACUCCGUCCGCUCCUUCCUCCACUCCCUCCCUCCCGACCACGCCCGCCACUUCUUCUCCCUCACCUUCCCCACCCUCAUCUGCAAGCUCUUCGGCUUCGACGACGCCACGUCAUCUUCGUCAUCCUCUCCCUCCCACGGCUGGAUCGACACCGUCCUCGCCUCAAACGACGUCGAAUUGGCCAACAAGCUCUUCUCCCUCCUCGCCCCGACCGGCCUCCUCUUCACCUCAAUCUCCGCCGUCGAUCGCCUCUCCCUCGUCAAGUACGUCUUCCCCAUCGAACGGCUCCCGGAAUGGGUGCGGUUCAUGCUCUCCUCGGAGAAAGAUAGCCGGGCGCUCUCCGAUUUAGCUCCGGUUUUCAAGAACAGGGUUAAGGAAGAUUCGAUUCAGCCUAAUUUCCAUCAGGUUCAGCUCAAUGUGUUUGAAUAUUACAUCUUCUGGUUCGCUUAUUAUCCUGUUUGCCGCGGAAAUGGUGAGAAUUGCGAUACUGUUUCGGUUAGGAGGAACAAAAGAUUCAAAUUUGAGAAUUGGGUUUCGUCAAUUUCGGGGUUUUCGAGCCCUAGGCGUGGUGGCUCGGAGCCUAAAAUCGAGUGUAAUCUUUAUAUCAGGCUUUUAUAUGCUUAUCUUAAUGCAUUUGUGGCUCUGACUGAUUUGAAUUCGCACCUGCCGUACCGGAGUUCGCUUUUGCAGUACUCUGCCGGGUAUGAUAGCUCGGCCAUAGUGAAGGGGGAGUUUUUGGUUAAUGCGUUGGUCAAUUUUUGGUUACUUGAUAAUGAUUUUUCGCCACUAUCUGCCGAUUUGUGUAAGUCUUUUGGAGUUAAGUUUCCGUUGCGGUCGGUUUUAGGAGAGACCCCGCCAGCGCCUGGAUUAGGAGAGGUGGUGAAGUUGCUUAUCAAGUACUUGAAUUUGGGUUUGGUGGUGCACCAGAAUGGGACGGAUAAUGUGGAAUAUGGUGUGAGUCCGAGGUGGAGAAUGUCGGGUUCAUUUGAUGUUGGGAAGCCAAUGGAUGUAAUGGCAGUGUCUCCCGGUGUGCUUCCAAAUGGGUCUUGGAACUUGCUGAUACAGAGGCCUUUGUACAGGUUUAUAUUGAGGACAUUCUUGUUCUGCCCGGUGGGAGCUUCAAUUAAGAACAUUUCACAAGUUUUUUCGGUUUGGGUUACUUACUUGGAACCUUGGGGUAUUAGUUUGGAUGACUUUGGGGAGCUUGAUGCUAUUGUUGAUGGAUCAAAUAAGAAUGGGAGAAAGGAUCACUCGCAGUCUGAAGCAUGUGGUUAUUCACCUUCUUGGGAGGCUUAUGUGUUGGCGAAUUACUUGUACUACAGUUCCUUGGUUAUGCAUUUUAUUGGGUUUGCACACAAGUUUCUUCACACUGAUGCAGAAAUAAUAGUCCAGAUGGUAUCGAAGGUUCUAACUAUAUUGACAUCAUCCAAAGAUCUACUUGAUCUUAUAAAGACAAUGGAUAUUGCUUUUCACUCCAAACAAGCAGGAUCAGGCAAAUCAAGGCUUAAUAGCUUAUAUAGAUUUGUGACUCCAAUUUGUGAGCAGUUGAAGGACUGGGAAGAUGGCUUAUGUGAAAGUGAUGCUGAUGGGUCUUUCUUGCAUGAUAAUUGGAACAAAGAUUUACGUCUGUUUAGUGAUGGAGAAGAUGGUGGGCGACAACUGCUUCAGUUGUUCAUAUUACGUGCAGAAGCCGAGUUGCAAGCAAUUUCUGGUGAUAACCUUGCUGAAAACCUUCAGUGCAUAGACUCUUUAAAAGAUCAGGUGGCCUGCUUGUUUGGCAGUGACGCUGUAAGGAAACUAUCAUUUUCCCCAGAAGCAAAACAGCCCGCUCAACCCCGUGAUGAAAUUUUCAAACCCAGGAGAGUUGGCAACUAUGCUUUGUCUGAUAUCAAAUACAAGGGUGACUGGAUGAAGCGUCCCAUCUCUGAUGAUGAGGUUGCAUGGCUUGCGAAACUGCUUGUCCUGUUUUCUUGCUGGCUAAAUGAGAUUCUCGGACUAAAUCAGACUGAAAGCAACCAAGUGGGUUCAACACAUUCUUACGUUAAGGUACCUUCAAGUGAUGUUUUGGGCAUUAAGGCAGUGUUGGGUGCUGUUGGCUCUUGGAUUCUCAUGUUGGGUGUGGGGGUGGUAAGGCUUGUGAGAAAACGUGGUCUGAGAGUGAACCUCAGGAUGUUGGCCUCAAAGAAGGUUGUAAUGAUCUUGAUCUUGUCUGUUGUAUAUAGUGUAUUAAAGAGCUUUUGGACUGUUUCAUAUGGUAGAGUAGGGUAAACAAGAACACUGAGAAGAAAAAAGGGUACAGAAACGGGAAAACGCGAGUAGUCUUGUGUCGCUGGUUCGUUAUACUUCUUUUUUGGUUAUGUAAAAGGAGGAGCACUGGAGUGAAACAAGUUUGUUUCAAUUCUUGUUGAAGUUGGGCUAACCGCUGCACUUGGGUUUGUCUGUUUCCCUUUCAUCAUCUUUGGUGUAUGCAUAGGAUGUAGAUCACGCCUUUUCUCUUUAGUUGUACAUUUCGGGUGUGAUGUGGUGGGUUUGUUCCGAUCCCGUCUACCACCCUUGUUACAACAUUUGAAUGAUUAGGUGAACCGAAGCUCGGUGCUUGUAAUGAGAAUCAUUUUUGGUGUGUCCAAUUCUGUAGUUGGCUCUGUGAUCCCUCACAUUUUUGUAAAUACUGAUGUCAGCAGAAAGUUCAAAGUUCUAUCAAUCUUGCACGUUAGUA